UCCCUGGCCCCAGGUGUUAGUCCGAGGGCUUUGCACCUCUGAAGGAGGCAACGGUGUAAAUAGUGCCUUGGUUUUGUUUUAAGCGGCUACUGAGAACCUUCGCCCCAGUCCCACAAAAACUGCAAUUUUCACUCCCAGGUUCAGAGUUCUUGGUAGGGUGCUUGGGGGCAGGUUUGAAAUUGAGAUCUGUGUUGACCUUGUGUUUACCCGAAGCUUGUCCACCACGCGCAGUUCUGUCGCGGGGCGGAGUGAAGGGUGUGUGAGCCCAAUACGGAAAGUCACCACUUAGAGGACUCAGCAGAUGAAUAAGGGAUUCAUCUUAUUACCAACGGCAUUCAAACAUUUGUGAAAUUUAAGAAUUGUAACUGCAGUUCUGAUUCGUGGAUCUUCAAAGAAAGUAGAGAAGAUUUCAAGAUUUACAAAGGUGCAGGUUUGUGCAGAUUUGAAGACGUAUCUUAUGAACUUGUAAAACAGACGUGUUUGAGAUGUGGUGGUUUCAGCAAGGUCUCAGUUUCCUUCCUUCUGCCCUAGUAAUUUGGACAGCUGCUGCUUUCAUAUUUUCGUACAUUAUUGCUAUAACACUCCACCAUGUUGACCCUGCUUUGCCUUAUAUCAGUGACACCGGUACACUGCCUCCAGAAAAAUGCUUGUUUGGGGCAAUGUUAAAUAUCGCUGCAGUUUUAUGCAUUGCUACAAUUUAUGUUCGUUAUAAGCAAGUUCAUGCUCUGAAUCCUGAAGAGAAUCGUAUCAUCAGAAUAAACAAGGCUGGCCUUGUACUUGGAUUACUGAGUUGUUUUGGACUUUCUAUCGUGGCAAACUUCCAGAAAACAGACUUUUUUCCUGUACACAUAUGUGGAGCUGUGCUCACCUUUGGUAUGGGCUCGUUAUAUAUGUUGGUUCAGACCAUCCUUUCCUACCAAAUGCAGCCCAAAAUUCAUGGCAAACAAGUCUUCUGGAUUAGACUAUUGUUGGUUAUCUGGUGUGGAGUAAGUGCAUUUAGCAUGCUGACUUCCUCAUCAUUGUUGCACAGUGGCAAUUAUGGCAAAGAUGUAGACCAGAAACUCCAUUGGAACCCUGAGGACAAAGGUUAUGUGCUUCACAUGAUCACCACUGCAGCAGAAUGGUCUUUGUCAUUCUCCUUCUUUGGUUUUUUCUUGACUUACAUCCGUGAUUUUCAGAAAAUUUCUUUACAAGUGGAAGCCAAUUUACAUGGAUUAACCCUCUAUGACACUGCUCCUUGCCCUGUUAACAAUGAACGAACACGGCUACUUUCCAGAGAUUUAUGAUGAAGGGAUAAAACAUUUCUGUGAUGAUUAUGAUUCUCAGGGAUUGGGGAAAAUGUUCAUGAAAGUUACUUACUCUGCUCUGAAAUUUUCAACCAGUUAAUCAAGGCUGACAGUGACUUUGAUGAACACUGAUAAACAAGAGACAUAAAUAAAGCCAUUUGAUAAAUUAUUUUAGAGGAUAUCAUCAAGAAGAGCAUGGGAAAACAUUUAUGCCUAUACUUGUUUUUAAUCCCAGAAAAUAAAACCAAAGGACUACAACAUUGUAGAUUUUUUUCCUACUUAUGAGAAACAACCAGAAGUGUACCAAGCAGUCUACAAAAUCCAGCCUUUCAUAUUUUCUAAAUCAUCGUAAAGCGUGUUUUGUUUGGAGCACUUUUAUAAGAGACAUUUUCCAGGACCCCGGAUACUCAGCAUUGCUCAGCAGCUCCUUUAGAAUUGGGUUUUGAAGUAAUAGUUUUACCAUAUCACUACAUUUCUUACAGUCUUUAUAAAAUUUUUUCUUCUGGAAUCCACUUAUUAAGGGGAGCAGACCUGAAUUCAUGUAAGCACUUUCAUUGCUUAGGCUUUGCACAAGUGAUUCUGUAGGUGUUGAUUUAAUUCCUGCCAUAAGGCCAAAUACUAUGCCAUCUAGUCUGUCACACAUCCUUGCAAGAGGUUCAUGAAGCUUAGUCUCUGAAAUGGGAUUUUAAUCACUUCAUGCAUGAGAGAAGUAGCUAUAGGUAAGUUUACUUCAGUUGUGAUCUACACAAAACAAGGGCUAGUGUUCAUACAUAAGGCUGAAAGGUUGUGAGUAAUAGCAGAUAUGAUUAAUAGAAGUUACCACAAACUACUGUCAAGAGCUUCUUAGAUUUUCAUUUAUAUAGAAAUUAUAAUUAUUUGUGAAAGUAGUCUUGAAUGAGCAAAUACUAACCCUUUUAAACAAGGUGUGAUCUUUGUAGGAAGGACAAAAUCAAUCCAAAGGGGGGAGAGGGGGAGAAAACUAGGUACAAAAUAGUUGUGAUACUUGUAUCCACAAAAACAACUUUCUCUCUCUCUCUGUCAUGCAAGUGAUUGGAUAGCUUCUACUUGGAUCCAUAUCUGUGCAGAUAAAGAAUGGUUUACAGAUCCCAGAGAAAAUUCAAAAGAAGAAAAUGAUCAUCCAGAAGGUUCCCAGUGACUGGUUCUCAAAAGAAUCUUUGAAGAUUAACAGGGUUUAUCAUUUUAGAAGAAAUGAUCCCAUGGCCAAAAUAAAAGAUGGUGACAAGUUUAACGUAUAAGAGGGAGCACUUUAAAAGAAAAUGGUUAUCUGAUGGAAUUAGAAAUCUCAAUUAGGAAUAAGUUUCUAGAUAUAAGACUGUGUAAAUAAUACUGCUGAAGACUUCUGGGCUAAUAAGACAGAAAGUGGAAUAAAAUACUAUUUACAUAGGUCACACAGUAGUGACCAUGGGAGAUACUUCAAUAAAUAUCGAUGCAUUGAAAUUUGACAUCACUAGAAAAAUAUUUGGAUACAAGCCAUGAAAAAUUUCUUUCAUGCCUCUGAAAAUCAUAGUGCAACCACACCUGAGAAACACUGGUGGGUCCUGACUCCUGUACAUCAAGGAAGCUGAAAUUCAAGUUGUGAAGGACCACAUAUGGUGAGAGGGGGAUUGAUAGAAUCAAAGUUUAUAAAUUACAUGUGGGGAGGAUGACACAGGAAGAACUUGGACUUACAGGUCUGUACUAGAAUAUUAGGUUUAGAAAUAUGCACUAACACAUUAAAUUCUUAUAAAACAAAAAGUUACUUCAAUAGUAUUUUAAUCCCAUUAUGUAACUUUUACUCUUAAACAUAACAGAGGGUGAAAAUGUUAAUUCAAAAAGGGAUUAUAAAUAGAUUUUUGAAUGUGUUUAUCCCUCACUUACACUGAAGUAAUGGAAGAGAACCACACCCUCCCUUAAAAUAUGACUUGCCUCCAAUGUCAGUACAGAAGCUUGUAUAAACAGAUAAGGCAUUCCUCUUCAAUUCAAUCAACGUUCCUGUAUUGAAUAUUUAGCUAUAAAGAUAGAAGGUUUUUAAGGUGACAAAAUUAACAGAUUCUAUGAACUGAAUGUAUUUCUUUUUUGUUCUGGAUACACAGCAAAACUGCAUUUCCCAGCCUCCCUUUCAAUUAAGAAUUGCAUGAGACUGAAUAUUAGCCACUGAAAUGUAAGUGAAAUGGAUGUAUUUGUUGUUUUCAUAUUAAGAUUCUGAAAAAGGGGAAUGCCCGUCCCCUUUUUUUCCCUCUUUCUAUUCAAUGGAUAUUAUUGAUAAGAUUUUAGGAGAUGGCAGAAUCACAUGGUAAAAGGAACCUGAACUAGUCCACUUCUAAUUUUAGAUUUUAGAAAAUCAAACAAGAUCUUCUAUAAUUUAGGAGCUCCAUUUUUAUCCAUCCCAGUUACUGAGAUUAUAUUUUGCUGGAAUAGUGUCAUAUGUUGUAAGUGCUCAGUGGAUUUAUGAAAGAGAACUUCUCUUAUCUCUUCUGCCUUGUCCUGUAUAGACUCACUGUGAAAUGAAGUUCAGUAAACAUUGGCUUAUCCUUAUAAAUCCGUGAUUUAUGUCUUGCUUCUUUUCAAUCAGCCAGAUUGCUAGUUUUAGAAAGAAUGUACUCACUUACCAGGAAGAUAAGAACAUAGAACAGAACUAAAACAGGAAAAAUCUUUCUGAGGCAUUGUGAGUGUAAGCAACUGUAUCCUCCAAAAGACAUGGUAAUUUGAGAGAGUUCACCUUCUCAGGAAGCCUGAGUAGAAUACAAAGAGAAAACCUCAAAUUCUAACUUAUGCCUUUGGAAUGUAGUGCAAAGAGAAACUCCACAUGUUUGGAAAGCUGGCAAUUUAGCUGAAAAUCACAAAGGUUCUACUAAGUUCUCACCAAUUCUCAGAUCCCAAUUCCUGCUGAAAAGAAAUCUUCAUUUAAAAUAUUUGAAGCAAGUGGUAAAACUAAUCAGCACAGCUCAUCUCCACAUCAACCACAGAUUAGAUUGAUGCAGCUUCCCAGUCUAAGAGCCUGACAAGGAAUAGGCACACCCUUUUGUGGAGGUAAUUAUUAUUUAUUUUCAUACCUACUGUUCUUUUAUAGAAAAUAUCCAGCAUGCAGCAAGAAAUUAUAAGACCUUCAAGGAGCAGAGACAUUCGAUUUGAUUCAGAGAGAAGUCAAUAGAAGUGAACUCAGAGAUUGUCCAGAUAUUGUAGUUAUCAGAAGUAGAUUGACUAUGAUAAAUUGCUGAAGGAGGUAGUAAAAAGGGUGGAAAACAUGCAUGAAAAGAUGGGGAAUCUCAGCAAAUACAUGUAAACUAUGGGAAACAGAAAGAAAAUUCUAGAAUUGAAUAUGAUAUGACUACAUAGGAAAUAAUUUGAUAAACUUGGAAGACAGGACAAUUGAAAAUAAAAAACUGAAAAUCAAAGAGAAAAGGGAGUGAAAAUAAAAAGGACAGAGUAUUUGAGUUUUGAAGGCAAAAUCAAAUGGCCUUGCGUCUUGUAAUUGAGUUUCACAAGGUGAAGAAAAAGAGAAUGGCACGGAAGAAAUGUUUGAAGAGAGAUUGACAGAGAACAUAUCCACAAUUGAUGGAAAUUAACACAGAAAAUCAACAAAAAAGUGAGACUUUGGAAAUGAUUAAAAUUGAUAAACACCUAGCAGGAUUAAUAUGCUGAGCUGAAUGGUAUUCUCUCAAAAGCCAUGUCCAUCCAGAACUUUAGAAUGUGACCUUAUUUGGAAGUAGGGUUAUUGUAGAUAUACUUAGUUAUGACAUCAUACUAUAUCAUAUUAAAUCCAAUGAUUUAGUGUCCUUAUAAGAAGACCAUAAAGAGACACAGAAACAGGCGGCCAAGUGAAGAUAAGGCAGGGAUUGGACUAAUGCAUCCUCAAGCCAAAGAUUGCUAGCCACUAGAAACUAGUAAGAGGUGAGGAGCAAUCCUCUCCUACAGCCUUUAAAAGGCUCCUCGAUUUUCAAAGGAAAAUGUGACAGAGUACAUUUCUAUUAUUUUCAAGCCACUCAGUUUAUGGUUAUUUGUUAUAAUAGCUUAGGAAACAAAAAAACUGAUCAAGUAAAAGAGAAAACAGAUUAGUAAUAACAAGAAUGAAAAGUGAUACAUCAAUACAGAACAUGUUGACAUUAAAGAUAAUAAGAGCAUUUAAUGGACAACUUUAUACCAAUAAAUUCAACAACUAAGAUGAAAUGGA